AUGGAGUUGGAUCUCACUUUCCCAGAUGUUAUUAUCAAGUACAAGACCGUGGCAGAGAUUGUCAAUAGCAAUAGGCCCUUCAACUGGUGGUAUCUCAGUGCAGACCCAAAGCUAAUUAGGUUGUCGAUCUAUGCGAGAAAGGCGACUCCAUCAGAGAGUAUGCAAACUGGUAACGUGUACAAGAAUGUGAAGAGAGAGAUUGAAAGGGGCGUAGCUUUUCCAACAUGCAUUUCUAUCAAUAACACCGUGUGCCAUUUUUCACCCCUUGGCAAUGAUAAGACUAUACUGGAAGAGAAAGACAUCGUUAAAAUUGACAUGGGGUGUCAUAUUGAUGGGUUUAUUGUUGUAGUGGCGCGCACUGAUGUUAUACAGGAAGGACCCGUGACUGGUAGAGUAGUAGAUGUGAUUGCUGCUGCCAAUUACUACAGUAGAAGUUGCCUUGUGCUUUGUGAGUCCAAGGAAAAAAGGUGCCUUUAUAUUUGA